AUGUCCUGCCUCAACACGCUGCCGAUCCGGCGCCUCGCCGGUGCGCUCCGCGCCGUCAACAUCGCGAACUGCCUCCUGCUGAUCACUGCGGCGGCGCUCGGCUUCGGAAGCCUCUUGGGCGAGGCGGCCGGGGUUCAGCUCCAGGCCAUGGCAUCGACUGCGCUCGUCUCGGUCUACGUGCUGGGCUUUAGUGGGCUGCUGCUGUGCUACGAGCUGCGCCUGGGCGCCGAGCGUCUCUACGAGGAGUGCGGCUUCCUCUUCACCAUGGGCGGCCGCUGCGCCUUUCUGCUGCUGACUGCGAACCUCGCCUGGGCGUGCGGGCCGUGGUGGCUGGUCGCCGCGCUCGUGACCAACGGCAACGCGGCGCUGCACGCGUACUUGCUGAUCUCCCACCCGGCCUACACCUCGGGCGGCCUCAAGUGGGACAGCGUGGACGAGGUUGCCGCCGGCGGCGGCACAUCCGCGCCGCGAGAUCCGGGCGCCCUCGCGCAGAGCGCUGCCGGCGCGCAGAGUGUCUCCGGGUGGGGGUUUGCGCCGGCGCUCGGCGCGGAAGGCGCGCCGAGUGCCGCCCCGGCGCCGGCGCCCACGCGCUACUACGAGGACGACGAGAUUUUGUGA